AUGGACGACGAGGUUGACAACCCUCGCAUUCUUAUCUGGGCAGCAGCCACUUUCCUCUGGGAAUCUGACGAGCCGAUGCGGACUAGUGGCGAGUGCCUUUUGGAGCGCUGCCCUGCUCGUGCCGACCAAAGUACUUGUUUCAUCACCAGGGACAGAAAGUACCUGAGGCGAGCCGAUGCCAUCCUUUUCGACACCAGCACCGUCAACUACCACGACGUGCCAACGUACCGGCACAAAGGGCAGUUAUGGGUAAUCUUGGACCGAGGCCAACCCUUGCAGGAAGCCUCCAAGGACCUGCGGUUGAUGACCGCUCAAUUCAACUGGACAAUGUCACAACGCAGUGACGCCGACGUGAUAAUUCCGUACAGAUCGUGGACUACGGUGCCGAGCAACGAAUCACUUGAGAGCCUCAACUGGAGCUUCAGAUCAAAACCCAGGGCCGUGCUGUGGCUGGUGAGCAAGUGCGAGGACGAUCAAAUUCACACUUCAGCAAAAACCAUUGGAAACCUAACGACAGAAUUUCAAUUAGCCCAUUCCGUUGCGAAUGCCAGUGGCGCCCACAUCGUUAAGAAUUGUGGGGGCGCGCAAUGCCGGAAGGAUCUUGACUCUUGCCUAAAGCACUUUCAGAAGCAGUACUACUUUGUAUUCGUCGUCGACAAUUCACCCUGCUUUCAGAAUCCGAGGCAGUUACUGUUUGGUGCUCUGCAGUACUCGAUCAUUCCUGUGUAUUUCGGACGUUCCACACUGGGGAAUACAGUGCCACCGAUGUCCGUUGUGCAGGCCACUGGGGCUCCUACGGUUGCACACGUUUUGACAAAAAUGUUUCAAAUUUAUCACAACUUCAAAAAUUAUGGCACUUACACAAUGUGGAAAGAAAACUUUGUCAUCAUCAAGCCAAAGAACAAUCUAUGUGCAUUGUGCGAUGCCCUGUACGAAAAUCGUCGAAGUACUUCAAAAAAGGAUGUUGUUGAGUGGUUGGGGCGGUCCCAGGAAUGCAAAGAAUUGACCAACGGAACGGCCGUCUUUAUCUAA